AUGGAUAGAGCCUGGGUCUACCUGGUGACAGGAGGACGUGGUUUUAUUGGGGAGAAGAUCGUAGAGUUCCUGCCUCAACAAGACUGCAUCAAAGAAGUCAGAGUUUUUGAUUCAGUAGCAAGAGAAGAAAUAGAAAAAUUCACCACAGCUACCACUCAUGUGACAGUGAUGAAAGGAGACAUUCGAGACUACAAUCUGCUCCUUGCUGCCACGCGGGGAGUUCACGUGGUUAUUCACACAGCUGCUAUUGUGGACUACAGAAACACUGUGCCCUUUUGGGAAAUGAGAGCUGUCAAUGUUGGGGGUACUGAAAAUGUGUUAAGGGCCUGCUGUGUCCUGAACAUCCCAUAUGUUGUCUACACGAGCUCCACUGCUGCGGUGGGACCCAAUACAUCGCAUGAGCCCAUGUUCAGAGGAAAUGAGGACACCAAAUACAGUGGGGGAGUGGAGCUGCCUUAGGGGAAGACAAAGGCCAUGGCAGAAAAACUUGUCUUUGAAGCCAAUGGAGAAAAGAUGAGCAAUGGUGGUAAACUCACAACCUGCAUUAUCCGUGCAAACCCAGCGUAUGGGGAGAAAGCAACGUUUCUUCAAGAGUUGUAUUUGUUUGCCAAAGCCAGGAGCGGUGUGUUGAACUUAGAGCCUGAAAAUAUAGAGCGUAAUUACACAAACGUGGGGAAUGUUGCAUGGAUGCAUGUUCUUGCAGCGAGGAACUUGCAGCUGAAACCAGACUUACUCGCCAGACAAGUGUAUUAUUCCUAUGAUGACACUCCAACAAGAAAAGGUUUUCUGAUCAGGCAUCAGCUGUUGUCUUCUACGGACCCCUCAGUGAGACUAGGCUCACACAUCCCUUACUGGAAGAUGUGGUUAAUGAUACAAUUGCACAGGAUAAUCAAGGUCAUCUUGUACCCUUUCUGGAAGCCACAGCCUUUCCUAAACUUGCCUUUACUGAACACGAUAGUCACCACCUUCUCCUAUGAGACAGACAAAGCCUCCAGGCAUUUUGGGUACAAACCCCUCUUCACUGGGAAAGAGAGCAAGCACAGAACUGCACAGUGGUUGAAAGCAGCUGCAGGGAACAUGGAACCCCCCCAACUUCAUGAAAGAAGAACUAAGCAGCAUGUUUGGGGUAAGGAGAGAGCUUAUCACACCAGCAAGUUUCAUCUGAACUUCACGACGUGCACGGAUCUUUGGCAGAAAUUUUGCAAACACUGA